CGGUCACCCACCAGCUUGGGAGGCAGUAACUUCGCACCGACCCACUGACCAAGCUCAGCUCCACCGUCCGCAUUGAGGGCUCCAGCAGGGAACCUGUAGACCCAGCCCCCAGACUCCACACUGGGAGUGGACACUCUCGGCUUGCUGCUGGAGACUCCGGGAGGGAAAACCAGCGAGUAUGUAUCUGGCUGCCUGACCUCCAUCUCUAGGAAGAAGCAGACCCCGUCAGCCCGGCUAUGGAAGGUUAUCUGAUCGCUCCGUACCCUGAGGACAUUGCCCCUUACGACAGCGAGGUGUACAGACAGCCCCAUGAGUAUUACACUUACCUGGGCAGCGAUGGGGACAGCCACGGCGACUGGGAUUACACAAGUGGCCACAUUCAUGGAGACUUUGAGUCAUUUGCUGACCAUCACUUCACCGAAUUGCAGAGCGUUCAACCCCCCCAGCUGCAACAGCUGUACCGACAUAUGGAGCUCGAACAGCUACAUGGGUUAGAAUCCUUACCAGCCACCACCAUUCCCAUCGGAACAGCAAUACAUUACAACAAAACACAACCUUCAGCAACUGCCAGCUUCACAUCUCCCCAGGUGCCCUUUGUGUCCCACUGGUGCCCACAGUACACAUCCUCAGCUGAACGGAGUUCCGAUGAGGAAGAGCUGGAGAGGCGAAGUCCACCGUUAGAAGUGUCGGAUGGAGAAACAGAGGUUACAGAUUCUUUUCCCCACAUGGGUGGUGCAGAUUCAGGGAACAAGAAGAAGAUCCGACUCUACCAGUUCCUGCUGGAUCUCUUGCGGAAUGGCGAUAUGAAGGAGAGUAUCUGGUGGGUGGAUAAGGACAAGGGGACAUUCCAGUUCUCCUCAAAGCACAAGGAGGAACUGGCAAAUCGCUGGGGGCUACAGAAGGGCAACCGCAAGAGGAUGACCUACCAGAAAAUGGCCCGUGCUCUGAGAAACUAUGGCAAGACGGGGGAGGUGCGCAAGGUGAAGAAGAAGUUGACGUACCAGUUCAGCGGCGAGGUGAUGGAAAGGUUGGAGUGGAAGCGGUACCCAUAAUGAGUUGCUCCCCUUCCUCCUCCACCUCUGCAUGCUCACAGCACCAACAACCACUCUGCCCCUUUCUGUCUGUACUGGGGAGCCCCUCAUUCAGAGACACCGAGGAAUGUUGGAAAGAAGACAAGCUCCCACAUCUAUCCGGAAAUAUCUGGGAACGAGAAUUCAUCACACAACUCCUCAACAGUGCCUCCCCCCCCCAUUCCAUUUGGUCUGCCGACCCUCCAUCCGCACACCCACUCUGCCCUCAGCCUUCUAUUCCCCCCUCCAACCCCAAUGCCAACUUAUUCCCAUCCCCACAGACUGCCCUCUGCCUCACCACCUCCUCUUCCUCCCUGCCUCCCUUUUCCCUCCAAUCCUAAUGCCCACCUGCCCCACGGCCCCUCUCCACAGCCCUCGCUCCCUGCCCAUCGCGUCCAAUGUCCAUCUAUCUUCUAUUGCUCGCUAAACCUCUGCUCCCUUUAUCUCCACCUGCCUCCCCACCCCUCUCCUUCACCUCAUUCACCUCCUUGCCAUUUCAUCUGUCUCUCCAUAGUUCACCCUGCUGCCUAUUCCUUCCUUCCCCUCCCUCAUUCCCAUUUUUCUCUACCCCUCUCUCUCUUGUACCCCCCCCCCCUUCCACUUGCUGCAGACAUAACUUGCUGAUGCCAGUGGUUGGUGGGGAAGGGUACUGGGCAGGUCCCCAUGUUAUUCAGUCAGGGGCUCAAGGGAGUCAGGAUUGUGACGGAAAAUAAGUGCGCCUGUCUGCUUAUCUCUAUUUUCUGCCGCUGUGUGGUCUGGCCUCUGUCUGUACGUGACUAUGGAAUAAACCCUCAUCAUCUAUCUUUGCAUUGCAUCGAAUCCACCACUGACCUCACUCACUUUCGCUUGGUCUUUGAGAAUGGGCUUUGUGAGGCAGGUCAUUCACAGGUCUCUCCAUCGAGGCCCAGAGAUGCCUGCCUCAAGGCACAGCCAAAGAGCCAGGAGCCAGGAACACUCUUCAUGCAACACCCCAAAACCCCUCCAAAAACAUCAGGCAAUCACCAUCUCCAACAAGAGACAAUCUAACCAAUCCCCCUUGACGUCCAAUGGUCUUAGCAUCACUGAAUCCCCCAAUAACAACAUCCUGGGGGUUACCUUUGACCAGAGACUGAACUGGACUUCCCACAUAAACACAGUGACUACAACAGCAGGUCUGAGGCUAGGAAUGCUGUGGUGAGUAUCUUACUCCCUGACACCUCAAAACCUAUCCACCAUCUACAAGGCACAAGUCAGGAGUGUGAUGGAAUGCCUAGUUGAGUCAGGCACCAACAACACUACUGAAGCUUGACACCAUCCAGGACAAGUGCCCCAAGCAUCUACUCGCUCUACCACUGACACUCAGUAGCAGCAUUGUACUAUCUACAAGAUGCACUGCAGAAUUUCACCAAAGACAUUUAGACAGCACCUUCCAAACCUAUGACCACUUCCAUCUAGAAGGACAAUGGCAGCAGAUACAUGGGAACAUCACUACCUGCAAGUUCCCCUCCAAGCAAUUCAUCAUCCGGACUUGGAUACAUCACUGUUCCUUCAGUGUUGCUGGGUCAAAGUCCUAGAAUUCCCUCCCUGAGGGCAUUGUGGGUCUAACUACACCCCAAAGGACUGCAGCAGUUCAAGAAGACAGCUCACCAUCACCUUCUCCAGGGCAACUAGGGACAAGCCAUGAAUGAUGUCCCAGCCAGCGACACCCACAUCCUGUGAGGGACUCAAUAAGGAAAAAGUCCACUUCUGUUCCAAGGGAGUGUGCUUACUAACUCCCAGCCAAGGCCUGGACCUAACCAACUCUAGUUCGGCUUAGAGUAAAUAUUUCCAAUCCUGCUUCCUUCUUGGGGGUCACCUCACAUCAGCAUAUCCCUUUCAGAGACUAAGAAUGAAAAGAGCAAGGGAAAUGCUUGUAGGUCUCCAUUGUACAACUUCCUCCCAGAAAAGGUCAUUAUUUCCCAUUGUCCUGCUAGGUGGAGUCUUAAACAACUUGGAUUAAAACCCAAUGAAGCCACCUCAGAGAGGUAUGAAGUCUGGGCUCAAAUGCUUUAGCUUUCUCACUGUAACAAUGGAUAAAUGUCUGUUUGAAAAUAAACUGCUGUAAAUGUACAUGUGAUGAAUGUGUGUUCAUGUGACAGUGUUGUUAAUCAAAAUUGCCUUGCACAGCAAUAACAUUGAAAAGAAACAAUUCUAUGAUUAACCAACAAAGUAGGAAACAUUGGAAUUUGUCUGCGAAUAAAGACCAUCAUCUGACAAUA